AUGGUGGUGAUGGUGGUGGUGCGUCUAGUCCGAGAUAAACAGCGAACGAGUUACACGAGCAGAAGAAAACGAGGACAAGAAGAAGAAGAAGGGAAGAGAAGAGAAGGAGUAGAAGAGGACGGAAGACGAAGAAUAUUUCUUUCCCAGGUGGCGUCUCCUCAGCUGUCUCUCAUGCUGUCUCUCCUGUGGUUCUUCUCUCCUCCGCCUGGCGCUGGCUGGCCUGUUGUUUACCCUGCGUCUGCCGAUUGCUGCCAUGGCAACGCCCUGCCCCGGCCCAGCCCAACCAGCGCUGCUGUCCCGCUUAAUCACCGCCUGCAGGUUCCUGGCCGGCUGGGUCAGGGAUCCAGCUUCACCUUGAUCGGCCAUGGAGCUCUUCUUCGUCGUCUUUCGUCAUGGUGGUGGUGGUGGUGGUGGUCCUGGUUGGCUCUCCUCUCCUGGCUUCUACUGUAUGAGUAUCACCAGGGAGACUUGGACGGCAGAGGCGCACAGCAGGCGAUAGGCGGCCGUUGCAGACAGACUGUCUUGUCAAUCAGCCAGUCCGCAAUGGCAUUCCUGUUUCUCACUCGUCUCACUCGUCUCUCUCUCUCGUCGUCGUCGUCGCUGUCGUCGCUUGUGCGUGCCUGUGGCGUCCAAGUCCUCCCCGUCUUCCUCGGCUCAAAGGAGUCCGCCCUCCCCUGCCAAGCGCGCACAAAGCCGCAAAGAGGCUGCGAUCAGCUUCGACUAAGCAACGAACAGCAUCUACUUACUACUUACUGCCUCUACCUUCUAGCCGUCAGCGACAGACAGCCAGAUAGACAGCUACAGCUUGUGGCGGAUGCUCGAUGGCUUCUGCUGCAGUCGCUCGCCGCUAGUUAG